AUGGCCUCCCCGCUCCUCAAGCCCUGUCUCUCCGUGCUAAAGUACAUGGUCGACUCGAACUCCCUCCUCUUCAGUCCGGCGAGGAACCCCCUUGUGAAUUAUCUGCUGCGCAGGACUAUAUACGAUCAUUUCUGCGCGGGGGUUAAUGAGAGGGAGGUCCGGAGUACGGUGCAGGAGAUGAAAGGGCUCGGGUUCAAGGGAGUGAUUCUGGGGUAUGCGAGGGAGUCGAUUGCGAAGGUCGAGGAUGUGGAUUCUAUUCAGUCUGCUGAGGAGAAGAUGGAGGUGUUGGAUCGGGCCGUGGAGGAGUGGAGGGUUGGGACGUUGAGGACGCUCAGGAUGUGUGGGAGGGGCGAUUAUUUGGCUGUUAAGUUUACUGGUGCUGGUCCUGCCGCCGUGGAGGCACUCUCGCGCGGUGAUCGUGUUCCACCGAAGCGGAUCCAGGAGGCCAUGAUGGAGAUUUGUGAUGCGGUUGCGGCGCAGGGAUCGCGGGUGUGGAUUGAUGCUGAGCAGCAGAUCUUUCAGUCGGCGAUUGAUGCGUGGGCGGUCGAUUUGAUGAGGAAAUAUAAUCGGGUGGAGAGGGCGGAUGCGCCGGUGGUUUUGAAUACCUAUCAGGCGUAUUUGAAGUCGUCUACGGCUAGGCUUAAUGAGCAUUUACGGCUUGCGCAGAAAGAGGGCUGGGCUAUGGGUGUUAAGCUUGUUAGGGGAGCGUAUAUUGCUCAUGACCAUCGGGACCGGAUUCAUGAUACCAAGGCCGAUACGGACAGGAACUACGAUCAUAUUGUGGAGAGUUUGAUUACGAGACAGUAUCCGCUGGGAGGAGAGCCCGGACAGCCGUUCCCCAAGGUGCGUCUGUUUGUGGCGUCGCAUAACGGGGUGAGUGUGCGGAAGGCGUGUGCGCUGUAUCGGCAGCGGGCGCUGAGUGGGUUGCCUUUGAUUCCGGUGGAGGUUGGUCAGUUGCAGGGAAUGGCGGAUGAAGUGAGUCUGGGGAUGGUAGGGGGAUCGACGGAUGGGGCUGCGCCGGGGGUGUUCAAGUGUUUGGCGUGGGGGUCGACGGAGGAGUGUCUGCAUUUCUUGUUGCGGAGGGCCGUUGAGAAUCAGUCGGCGAUGGAACGGACGAGAGAUACGGCGCGGGCGCUGAGGGGAGAGGCGUUGAGGAGAAUGGGUGGGGGAGCUGUGAUGUAAAGACAUGCCUUUCG